AUGGGCCUCACGGCACUGAUGCUGGCACACGCCGAACCAGCCCGCAUCCUCAGUUUCAUCAGUAUCAAGGGCAACCUCGCGCCGGAAGAUUGUUUCCUGAGUCGGCAGAUCUUCACGCACCCGGGGGACUCUGACGAGGAGUUUCUUGCGCACUUUAUCGAGCGGACGCGUCGUCGCCAUCGCUCAGGAACGGGCUGUAUGCUGCUAGUCUACCUGCUCGAGUCCAUGCUGGGGUUGUCAGAGGCAUCUUCGCUUCCAUGGUGGAGUUGUCGGAUUCGGAACGCUGAAGGAGAAGUUCUUGGCGCUUCCGUGUCCGAGGAUGUUCAUGUUUGGCGAGCAGAACCGUGGCUUGUCGUAUCUUGGGGAGUUGAGGGAGGAGGGGGUUGGGUUAGCGGAGAUUCCGUUCAGUGGGCAUUUUCCUAUGUAUUCGAAUCCCCCGGAGAUGUGGAGGCGGAUUUUCGCGUGUUUGGGGAAGGGCUUAUAGACUAUACCCUGUACUAG